AAAAAAAAAAAUUGGUGAAAAAAUUAAUCACAGAGAGGAGAAAAAUCCGGGGUUCAAAGAAGCCACUCCACUUGUCCUCCUCGUUCCUUCCACUCAAUCGCGCGCCCUAUCUCAUCGCCGUCGCCGAAAUAGGUACGUUUUCCUUCGACAUUCUUCAUCGAUAGCGCGCUGUUGGCUCUCGCUUCAUCGGACUUCCACCAGAUCUAGGGUUUACUCAUUGGCUCCUGGGAAAUUAAGGGAUUACUCUCUCUGCUGUUCUUUAAUUUUCCUGGAAACUACAAGGAUUCGUUUUCGUUUUUAUGUUUUAUGUUUGCGCUAACAAUUACAAGGAAAAUAUUGGCGAAACUUAGUCUUCUCUGCAAACGAGCGGGAAAUUUCUUGUUCGGAUUGGGUAUUUGAACGUCUGAGAUUUUAUAGACUUGUUGAUCUGUUUGGGUAAAGUUUGGUGUGUUGUUAUUGGAAUUCUUCCCGCUAUCCAAGGUAUUAGAGUUCCGUGGCGCGAAUUUUGAUGUUGUGGAAGCCUUGGUGGGUUGAUUUGAUUUAGUUUUAUUUAUUUUUUUUCUUUUUGGGGGGAAAUUAAGGGUUUGAUAUUUACGCAAACAUAAUAAUCGAGGAGACUUAGGUUUGAUGGCUGAUCGUAACUUGGUUGUUGCGAAACCAAUCUGGAUGAAGCAGGCUGAAGAGGCGAAACUGAAGAGCGAGGCUGAGAAAGAUGCAGCGGCUAAAGCUGCUUUCGAAGCUACUUUUAAAGGCGUAGAUAAGAUUCCUGCAAAAGAAGCAGCAUCCUCAGAUAGUGAUUUUGAAGAUACUGAGGACUUGGAACACAAGCCGAUUGGCCCUGUUGACCCUGCUAGAUGCACAGCAGCUGGAGCAGGCAUAGCUGGUGGCACAGCGUGUGUGCCAGCUUCGUUUACUGUGGUAACUAAGGAUGUCGAUGGGAGGAAAGUUCCCCAUGGUGGUGCACAGAUUAAAGUAAAGGUGUCACCUGGCGUAGGUGUUGGUGGAACCGAGCAAGAUGGCAUUGUGAAGGAUAUGAAUGAUGGUACAUAUACGAUAACUUAUGUGGUGCCAAAAAGAGGAAAUUACAUGGUUAAUAUUGAGUGCAACGGAAGACCAAUCAUGGGUAGUCCGUUCCCAGUGUUCUUUAGUGCAGGAACAAGCUCUGGUGGACUCCUGGGAUUAGCUCCUGCAUCCUCAUUUCCAAAUUUGGUGAAUCAAAAUAUGCCCAACAUGCCUAAUUACUCAGGGUCUGUUUCGGGGGCGUUUCCUGGGCUGAUGGGAAUGAUUCCAGGCAUUGUAGCUGGUGCUUCUGGUGGUGCUAUCUUGCCUGGAAUUGGAGCAUCUCUUGGAGAAGUAUGUCGAGAAUACCUUAAUGGUCAAUGUGCGAAAACAGAUUGUAAGUUAAAUCAUCCACCUCACAAUUUGCUUAUGACUGCAAUAGCUGCAACAACCAGCAUGGGAACUAUCAGUCAAGUGCCUAUGGCCCCUUCUGCUGCUGCUAUGGCAGCUGCUCAGGCUAUUGUUGCUGCCCAAGCCCUUCAAGCCCAUGCUGCUCAAGUGCAAGCUCAACAAGCUCAGUCUGCCAAAGACUCUUCUGGUUCAUCUGACAAAUCUGGAAAGGCUGCUGAUGCACUGAAGAGAACAUUGCAAGUUAGCAAUCUAAGCCCACUUCUCACCGUGGAACAGCUGAAGCAACUUUUUAGUUUUUGUGGAACUGUUGUUGAAUGUACCAUUACUGAUUCAAAGCAUUUUGCUUACAUCGAAUACUCAAAGCCCGAAGAAGCUACUGCUGCUUUGGCAUUGAACAAUAUGGAUGUUGGAGGUCGACCUUUAAAUGUAGAGAUGGCAAAGUCGCUUCCACAGAAACCAGCUGCGGUGAACCCUUCACUUGCUUCAUCUUCUCUGCCCAUGAUGAUGCAGCAAGCUGUAGCCAUGCAACAAAUGCAAUUCCAACAGGCUUUGUUGAUGCAACAAACUAUGACAGCUCAGCAGGCUGCUAAUCGUGCAGCAACUAUGAAGUCUGCAACAGAGUUGGCAGCAGCUAGAGCAGCGGAAAUAAGCAAAAAACUUAAAGUUGAUGGAAUUGGGAAUGAAGAAACUGAGACAAAAGAAAAAUCAAGGUCACCUUCCUUGUCCAGGGAGAGGUCAAAAUCCAAAUCAAAAUCACCUAUUAAGUACCGAAGUAGGCGGAGAUCUCCAACUUAUUCACCUCCGUAUCGGCACUCAAGAGAUCAUAGAUCUAGAUCACCAUUGAGAUCUCGCCAUUAUUCUAGGUAUGAAGAUGAUAGGAGGGCUUAUAGAGAAGGGAGAGAUGCUAGUGAAAGAUCUAGAAGGCGUGAUCUAGAUAGAUCAAGAAGUCAUCGUUCACCCAUCUCAAGGAAAAAUAGAAGUAGAAGCAUAAGUCCUCGCAGAAGAAAAUCAUACCGAGCAGGUUCUGAUUCUCCCAGUCACCAGCGUGAACGUUCACCACAAAGAGGUAGGAAAUCAGAUCAUUCUGAUUUAAGAUCACCUAGUCGCCAUCAUGGGAAAAGCAGAUCAUCCCCAAGAAAGGAUGAUGGUGACAAACUAAAACAUAGAAGAUGGUCAAGGUCUAAAUCUCUUGAGACUAAGCAUCAUUCUGAUGAAAAAAUUAAUGAAACGCGACAUGGAAAGUCAAAGAAUCGGGAUAGAAGGCGGUCGAGAUCUGCCUCGCUGGAAAACAAGCAUAGUAAAAGAAGAUCAUCGCCUAGAAGCAUGGACAAGAACAUUUCUAAACAUAGAAGGCGGUCUAGAUCAAAUUCUAGGGAAAAGGUUGAUGAUACCACAUCAAAAUAUCAUGGUAGAAGGCGAUCACGGUCAAGUUCUUCAGAAAGUAAACAUCUCCCUGAUGGUAAGGUGGAUAGCUCUAGAGAUGAAAAACUGAAACAUCGUAGCAGAAGAAGAUCCAGGUCAAAAUCUGUAGAUGGUAAGCAUCACAGGAGGGAGAAAUCAGAUAGAAGCAGAGACAAAAAGUUGAGGCAUCAUGAUAGAAGGUCAUCCAGAUCUAUAUCUCCUGAGGCUGGACGGCAAAAAGUGACUAGGUUGUCACCUACCAGUUCUGAUGAAAAUAAAUCAAAACGUAGGAGAUCACUCUCUCCUGAAGAUAAGCCUCGUGUUGAUGUUACUGAUAUAGAUAAUGGAUAUAUAGCUGAAAAUUCAAAGCAUCAUGGGAGACAGAGGUCUAGGUCAAUUUCAGGAGAAAAUGGAGAAAGUAAUUUAUCUCCAAGUACGAAGGAAAAUGAAUUUAAACAUGGAGAGAAAUCAAUACUAGAACCUGUAGGAGGCCGUGAAUCUAGUCUCUCAAAGGAUGACAUACCAGGAGAAGAUCAGGGUAGAGAAGGUUUAAAUUCCCAAUAUUCUAAUGUCGAGGAACCAAGCAAAAUCGAAGUGGCUGGUGUUGAGCAAGUUGAUUUAGCUGGAAGUUAGAGACUAGAGUUUAAUGGAGGUUGUAGUUUUUCAAGUUCUCAUUGGAUAAUGCUGACAGUAGAUGCUCGAUGUCACCUUAAUACAGAUGCAAUUUCUGGUGAUUGACCUUCAGGAGAUGGAGUUACAUUUAAAAUUUGACAUGGAAAUGCUUUACUGUAACUCAUGAAUCACAUGAAUAGAAGAUUGUUGCAGACUUGAAUACCUUGAUAACCUAGGUCAAAUUUCACGCUCAGCAAUUUCAGGCUGGCUUGUUGGCGUAUUCGGGGGCAUACUUCAUUUGAGAAAGGGCUACUUGAUUGAAGAUUUGUUUCCAUUUCUUUGGGUGCUCAGAAAAUUCUGAUUUUUAGUUUUCAUCCAUGUCUUUUGUCUUUGGUUAUCUUUUGCAGGUUGGCAGGCUAUAGUCUAGACUCUUUCAGUUGAUGUUGGUCUGCUUUAAGCGUUUGAAGUAUUGCUGUUCUUUUGUCUACGAGACAAGACACCCAGUAUCUGUAGCGAGCUUCUUUUACUACUUGAUGUUAUUCGGGGUGAUUGUCAUUGGAGGUUUGUCGGGGUUGAUUUUCUCUUGUUUACACGAAGGCCAAGCUAUCAUUAAAGGUCGGUUGAAACCAGAUGUUGCUGAGAUAAAUUGCAUCAAAAUUUCCUCCUUCUGGGUAUGAUCAGAAUGGCUGACUCACUUGGAAGCAAUUUUUAAUCGCGGUGAAUUGCAUAUAUAUAUAUAUAUAUAUAUGGCAGGUAAUGUUGUAUGCAACUGCUUGGUUGAAGAUAUUUAUAGGGAAAUGCAUGUUGGAUGAGACUCGAUGCAUGGCUACAGGUUUUCUUUUCUUUUAAUUAUAGACUUUUUUUGUAGCACAUAAUGUCUUUGAAUUUUCUGUUUCCUAUAAAUAAUAAUAAUUAGCCUUUGAGUUUUAAAAAAUACCACCAUGAUUGAUGAAAUUGAUUGUGAAUUGUUUGUGGGAGAAUAUUGGACUAAGCUUCACGUAAUUUAUCUGAUUGUUGGGUGUAGUGUAGUGGUAGAUAUUGGUUGGGUAAAAACUUAAUUGUUUAGUCUUUUUCUCUGGUGUUUGUUCUUUUCUCCCCGCCCACUCCCCAUCUUCUCGUCUUUCCUUUUCAAAUAAUUUCUUGGUAGGAUAACCUGGAAAACGACGGUAUGAGAGCUGCAGUCUUUGAUUUCAAACUCGGGUUGCGACUUGGAUGAGGUGGAUGUCAAUGUCUUAGUUUGUGCACGGUCUAUUGUUUCUGAAGGAAUUGAGCACCGAGCUAUAACGUUGAACCUGACAGGUUGAGUCUUCAUCAUGUUUAUGCUAUAACCUGGUUAGGAUAGGUUAGAACUUUUUGCAUCAACUUUGAUGAAUAGUUGGGAUUUAAGAAGUUCAGAUUUUUUUUUCCUUGUCCUGGAUUGCUCCAAUUUGAGAUUUAAAAACUAGUUUUUAAAUUUUGCA